AUGUUACGAUGGAUUAAUGAGGAAGGAGGAUCAAUCGAUCCUUUUGCGCACAAAACUUCUAGCGAUGGUAUUGAAUUGUUACACGAAUCUGCAAUAUUAUUUCUACUUGAAAUAAAAAAUGAGAUCGCAACUGGGGUUGUCAUAUGUUCUGCGCUGGGCUCGAAGUAG